AUGUUUCAUCAGAAAACAAUAUAUCGAUAUAUUUUUCAAAACGAUCAUAACUUUAUCAUGAAUGUAACCUUCUUUCUUAUCACUACGACGGUUUGUUUGUAAACAGUGAACUUGUAAAUCCCUUAUUAAAGAUUUGGGAACAAGGAUUAGCCAACCUGCUUUUGAUGUUUAAAUUCGGCGUUUCUAAUUAGGAUGUAUAUUUUAAUUUUUUUUAUUCCUACAUGUGUUAUUUCUUAAAUGCGCUUAUCAACAUUAAAACAACUUAAUUGUGUUUCUCCGUGUUGGGUAGAGUUAUGGAAAAUGUUAUAUGUACAGUUGUUCAGGAGAAGACAGCAGAGGAAUUUAUUUCAGUUCUGAAUAAAUAUGGAGUGUGCAUUGAUUAUAGCAAUGAUUAUGAAAGAUCUAAAGCUAUUCAAGGAAUCUUUGUGGGUGUUAUCAACAAAGUAUACGAUGUGAUUUGGAAAGGAGAAGGAGGCCAUUCCGAGCAUGAUACUCUUUUUAUGUCUGUCAAGAGCUUAAUAUCCAGUAGGAGGGAAAGUCAACCUUUUCGAGUUGGCUUUGUUGGAAAGAUCGUUUCUCAACUUGUUGAAAUCAAUUUAAAGGAAGGUGAUGCGAUUGGCAUAUUAAAACCAAAAUUUUUUUAUGCAUUGGAUAUUCCUACAUUAUGUGCUGGACUUGAAAAUGUUGUAACAUGGAUAGCAAAAGAUUUGAAGAAUAGUGAAGUGAUUGAAGAUGUAGCCAAAUCAUCUGAUGAAAAUGAAUAUUUUCAAUCUCUCAAAAAACAGAACAAUGGCAGUGAUAAUAAGAGAAAAAGAAUACCUUUUCUUGAUGAAGAUUCUGAGACUCAUUCCAUUGGGAACAGCUCAACAUCUGGCACUCUAGGUCAUGAUAUACAAAUGUUUAGAAGUCGGCCCGUUGAGUUAAAAAAACCUCCUGAAGUUUCUAAAAAUAAUAAAUUAGUCCCGGACUCGACUACCAGAACACUUGUUCGUAAAUACCAGAAUAAUCGGUGUAUUGAAAAGGAGAACCCUCCUGAAAACAUACUUGCUGAAAACUUAGUUUCACAAAAUACAGCAAAUGUUGGUAGUGCUGUAGAUAUUUCUUGUAGGAAUGAAAUUCAAAGUAACCUGAUCUGUAAUUUGGAUUCAGCUGUCAAAUCUGUGCAUAAUGAUUUAUGUCGUUCUUGCCAUAAUGUUGGAAACAACACAUGUGGAAUGCAUUCUCACGCCACAUCUUAUAAGACAAAAUGUUGCAGCUCCAGAGUUAAUUUCUGUAAUUGCCAUACAAUACCCGCUAAUCAUUUUAAAGAAAAUUCUUGUUCUUGUAAUUGCAGAUCAUCAUGUGCUUGUUUCAACAAUCAGCAUUGCUCUUGCAUCAGAAAUAGUUGCUGUGGGCAUAAUGCCGUGCCUCAAUGCAUGCAUUGGAAUAGCUCUCAUUCAUGUCAUACGGAUAAUAGUUCAUGUAACAGGCAUGUUGACCAACACUGCAGACCGAUGAAUUCAUGUUGUAGGCCUUGUCAUUCUCAAAUAAAUCAAUGUUGUAGUCUACCCUGUCAAAAUGGGUGCGUAAAGUCAAAAUGUUUUCAUAAGCAAACUAAUUUGGAUAAAGCUUGUGCAUCAUGCUGCAAUAAGCCCAUAGCUGCUCCGAUUCAUUAUCAUAAUUCAUGUUGCUGCAACCGUGAGAAAAUAAAGACUUCUGCAAAUAUAAGAACCUCAAAUUGCUGCGCUUCUAGAAACGAAUCAAAUUCAAAACAUCCUAAACCAGAUGAUUCUAAUGAAGAAAUGAGUAUAGAACUUAGUGAAGAUUCCCAUAAAAUAAGUAGAACUAAAGAAUGGAUACACAAUUUGGUGAAAGAUCCACCACAUCUUUUACCAGACAUUGAGCAUUCAGAAAAUUUGGGUACUUCUACCCAAAAUCCAUCAUUGGAAUCAAGGGAAAGUAUUUUGGAGGCUGGUGGAAUUAGUAGUAAACAGGGACAGAGUCAUUUGGUAUCUUCUAACCCUAUUGAUUGUGUUACCAAACAAGUACCGCUGAAACAUGUCGUUAAGAAAAAAAAACUUUUUUGUCCACUUGACAUGUCUUCUGUAAUAUCAGCAAAAUCAGUUUAUUGUAAUUCAACUAUUAUAGAAGAAAGUACUCCUUUUGAUUCUGAUAAUCACACUGGUACUCCUCAAGACACUGGUUUGUCAUCUGAUAAAAAUCAGGAUAAAAAUAUUACCAAGAAUAUAAAUUUAUCUCAAUCCAACAAUAUUGGUUUAGAUGUCAUUCUUACUGAUCCUUCAUCAGUUAACGAAGCAAAUAAUAGUAAAGAAUGUGUUGGAGAGAAAUUAUACCCCGAAACAAAUACACAAGAAUCACUAAUUACGAAUCAACUUCAAAACAAAGAGACAUAUGGAGAAAACAGAAACUCAUCUGAAGAACAGUUUCCAGAACUACGGAUUGAGACACCUAUAAUUUCUCAAACAUAUGUUGAAUCGCAAAUUGAGGGAAAUAGAAAGGAUAUAUCAAACAAAAUUAAUCAAAAUGAAUCAGACAUGGCUGACCAUGAUGGAGUUUCUUGUUUAAAAGAUAAUGUUAACUUUAAUCAGCAAUCUAAGGAACCAGCUGAUAGAGAAGAAGUUAAUUCCCACAUUGGCGAGAGUAAUAAAGAAAGUUCAUUUAAAAAAGUAUCUAAUUUACAUGAAAUAGAAUGCGAUGGUAGAAAUGAUACAAGUAAAACUGAAAAUUUUAAAGUGUCUGAUUUACAUGAAAUUGAUUGUGAUGGUAAAAGUGGUACAAGUAAAAAUGAAAAUUUUAAAUCUAUUGAAAACAAUGAAGUUAUUAUAGUUAUAAAUAAUAAGAAUAAAGAUAAUUCCUCUACGAAGAGCCUCGCUCUUCAAGAUCAUUCAAAAUCCAAAGACUUAAGUAAAAGUAAAGAAAUUGACUCAAGAAUGGAUUUUACUCUUGUUUGUGAUAAGACGAUCAAUAAAGAAGGAAUGAAGAGAUCAAAAGAAAGUUCAGACGACACAAUGGAAUUGACAUGUGAAUCAGUCCUAGUGAAAAGAAAAAAGAAAGAAAAGUUUAGAAAAACAAGAAGUGUUGGGUCGUUGAGCUCAGGAAGAAAUUUUAAUAAUGCAUCUGUUUGCAGUACUGACUCAUUUUAUGAUGCUCGUUCUGACGGUAUCCUUUCUCUAAGGUCUAAUAAGUGGUGUUUAAAGCCAAUUAAGGAAGUCUGUGAAAAACCCAAUUUUCAACUCAAUUGGAAGGAAAUGGAGGGAUUGUCAUUCCAGAGUGGUUUCUCUUACGAUCUAAAUUUAUUUUCAACAUUCAUUGUCAAAGGAGCUAUUAUCAACAUAUUACCGAGUUUGUCAGAAGAGAACUUUGGUAAUUUGGUGGAAGGGUUUUGUAAUGAAGGAUGUAGAACAAAAUACAAGUAUGAAGACUUCAAAGAGAUGGAACCUUUAAGUGUCUUAUGUACUUUCUGUAGAUAUAAUUAUCAUUUAGCCUGUCCUGGAUGUUCCAAAUCAGGAUCAGAACGUCCUCUUUGCCUGUAUUACAAUUUUGAAAUUCAUCUAUUUGAUGGGGAAAAUGUAUUAAGGGUAGAAAUUGAUCAUAAGAGUGGAGUUGAUUUUCUAGGUUGUACUCCACAUCAUUAUUUAAAAUCUGGCACUAUGUAUAAGAAAAUUAAUAAAAUAAUUUUUUCUAUCACGCAAGAUAAGUGGGUAACUCCUGUUAUAUUAAACGCUAAGAUAGAAGUAAAGCCGAAAUCAGGCGCAUCAAUUCUGACACUUGAAGGCACCUCUUUAAGGAAAGACCUUACGUUCAAAGGAAAACAUUAUAAAUUAUAAAUAAAGCAAUGAGCUGUCCAUUUAGAAGUAAUUACAGUACUUAACCCUGGUUAUACAGUUCUAUGAUGAAUUAAUUUAACGAUUCAAAAAAAUACUUAUAAGUUUUUUUUUUUCAUAUUGAUUCGGAAGGUUUUCUAACAACACCUUCACACACACUCAUUCUGUGUAAUUGGGCUUGUUGACUUUGAUAUGGA